AUGGCGCGAAAAUGCGACUGGGACCAUGCACUUCAAGACGCAAUUCAGUCCGUCAGCAUUCAGCCAUCGUUGGCAGGCCACAUCUCCGAGGGCAUUGCCUUCUGCGGAAAAAAGCAGGUUCUGGCCGCGAGGAUCUCAUUUGACCUCGCAUCCAUGUUCACGAACCGAGAUUUAAAGACCGAUCACUUCCUGUUUUUGAUCAAGGCCAUUGCAUUGUUCAAUGCAAACGAACAUCAAGAGGCAAUUCUUCGCAUACAAGAACUUGCUGCGUGUCCCAAUGUCGAUCUUGUCGCUUGUCGUAUCGUAGAAGCCUACCUACGCGUCCAACUAGGAAACAUUGCCUUGGAAGGCGCGCGCCACAACGAAGCUAUUGAACACUUCACUGUCGCUGCCAAUGCUAGCAAUUUAUUUUACAAAUCUCCAAUUCAUGUGACGUACGAUGAGUUUGUCGUGCUAUUUGGUUGGGACCUCAAGUCCUUAUGGCACACCGCGAACCAGCAACAGUGUUAUGCACUCUUUCGAGCAGGUAGUUUUAAAGCAGCCGUCGAAUCGUGUCAGUCCAUGAUGGAUAAGAUUGAUGAGGAUAUGAAGGCUGACUUACGCGUCUGGUUCACUUUAAGAUCAAAACGCUCUCUAUGCUUCCCAUGGAGAUGGUGCACUCGCAGCGAGCGGUUACUCGUAAAGUUUGAUACAGAGAUCACAUUCUCGCUUGUACCCCGACGGUAG